UCGUCUCUUGUGUAUCAGAAGAAGCUAUCAAUGGAGCGAAGCAUGCGGGUUUUUUCAGCUCUUCUUGUGCUUUCAUUGCUUUUCAUGGCUACUGAGAUGGGGCCGAAGGUGGCAGAGGCUAGACUUUGCGAGUCACAGAGUCAUCACUACAAAGGGACGUGUGUUCAUGAGAAGAACUGUGCUCAUGUUUGCAAAACGGAGGGAUUUCAUGGAGGCAAAUGCAAGGGAUUUGAACGUAAAUGCUACUGCACCAAAACUUGUGAUCCAUGAUCGACAAGUCAGACAUUACCAGCUUCUUCUGCACAAGGGAUUGCUUGAUCGUUUCUUAAUUUUCAGUGUUUUGAUGUGUUUUAAGAAUAAAGU